AGUAGAACUUGAAAUGUAAUAGAGUAAGGUUGAAGUUAAAUAAUAAAAGUAUUUAUGGUUAAAAAUUUUAGUUAUUUACUAUACCUCUUUAAAAGAUAACAGUCCAACGAAAAUAAUAAGGUACGUGAUUUCUGUAAACGUUUAUAGGUAUUCAAAAGAAUUUCGGUGUCACAAGCCUUUGACAUUGAAACUUUGGAUUCAUUUGAAACAUGGAUUUAGAUUCUGAAGAUGAAAAUGUAAUGGAAGAGGAUUAUUAUUCCUUUUUAAACAUACCUAAAGAGGCCUCCAAGGAAGAAAUAAAUAAUGCUUAUAGAAGAUUGAGUCGAAUUUACCAUCCUGAUAAACAUGUUGACCCAGAACUUAAAGAAAAAGCUGAAAUUAUGUUUAAUAAAACCAAAAAGGCUUAUGAAGUUUUGUCAGAUCCUCAUAGAAGAGCUAUUUAUGACUCUCUUGGCACUAAAGGUUUAGAAACAGAAGGUUGGGAAAUAGUGCAAAGAACAAAAACUCCUGCAGAAAUAAGGGCUGAAUAUGAACAGCUAGCUGAAGAACGAGCAGAGAGGCUUAAAAAACAAGCUACCAAUCCAACAGGCAAUGUUACUAUAGCUGUUAAUGCUACUGAUCUUUUUAAUCCUUAUUAUGAUGAGUUUUUGGAUGAAGAAUAUGAAAGUGACUUUCUAACUCAAUUUCCAAACAUAGAAGUAUCUUCAAUGCAAUUCAGUCAAUCUGUAGAUUUCCCUCUAACUCAAAAAGACUCUUGUACACUUUCUGGGCAACUACAAACCCAAAAUGGAACUGGAGGAGGAGGAAUUAAUUUAAGCUGGAGACACAUAUUUUCACAUAAAAGCUGGGCAGAGAUGGAAAUGACAGCAGGUAGUGGACCAGCAUUAUCUUUUAAAGGAUUUAGGACACUCACUCGGAGGUUUUUUUGGAAUGGUGGUACAAUUUUACAAUUUACUCCAGAAGGUAUUAGACCUGGAGUAAUGUCAACUUUAGCAAUGCAAGUGGAUAAGCAUUCUGUGGGAUACCUAUCGUAUCAAGGAGGUGUUAGAUCUGCUUUCACCACACAGAUUAUUAGGGAUACAGAGAAAAAUAGAUACAAUUUUUCAAUACAAGUCGGCUUACCACAUUCUUUUGUUCUUUUACAAUAUACAAGGAAAAUUUUAAGUCAGGAAUUAAAACUUAGGAUAGCAAUAAAAGCAGGCACAUUUGGGGGCGUUAUAGAAUAUGGGGCAGAGAAGAAGAUAUCAAAACAUAGUAAUCUUGCUUUUGCUGUUGUGUGUGGAGUGCCUUCGGGAGUGAAACUAAAAAUUAGAUUGACAAGGGCAUCGCAAACCUACUCCUUUCCGAUCCACCUUUGUGAAGAAAUUAUGCCUGCGCCUGUAUUUUAUGCCACCAUAGUGCCUUUAGUGAUAUAUGUAGUAGUUAAAAAAGGAUUUGUGGAGCCUUUCUUGCGAGAAGAAAGGAACAAAAAAGUAGAGAAACAAAAGCAAAAUAACUACAAUAAGCUGUUGGAAAAGCGGCGAGAGGCGAUGGCAGCUCAGGAUCUUAUGCAUGCUACUUACAAUAGGAUAAGAGACGAUGAGAGCAAUAAGAAAGGAUUGGUUAUUAUUAAAGCAAUUUAUGGAAGAAUAAUUAGAGCUAGAACCUUUUUUUCUACUUUGAGCAACACCUUAUUUAUUACACCAACAAAUCGUGGUGAUAGUCAACAAGCAGAUAGUGAAAUGACCAAUGAAGUUGUAGAUGUUACUAUUCCUGUACAAUGUCUAGUCAAAGAUAGUAAAUUAGAAAUACAUGUUCAGAACAAAUCUGAACUACCUGGUUUCUUUGAUCCCGCACUAGGUGAAGAAAAAAUGUUACAUAUUAUUUACAACUAUCAUGAUCAACCUCAUGAAGUUACUGUAGGAGAGACUGAACCUUUACGACUACCAAAAACUUCACAUCGGACUAAUAUUACGUAGUAAAAAGGGCGAUUGCAUUUAGUGUAAAAUUAGAUCCCAUGUGAGAAUCAAAAUUGUAGAAAUUUUAUAAAAGGAGCAAAUUGUAACUGUUUUCGUGCCCCUGAUAUCCGAACUGUUUGUUUUUAUUUGAUGUUGAAAGAUAUCUUUUUAUAAAAUAAUAAAAUUGUUGCCC